AUGCCAACAGGAGCUUGCGGUGCCUUUUUAGGUACUUCUGUUGCUCCCGUCAGCAGCGCAGCCACCACGGGGGCAGCCACUACCACUACCAGCCGACUUCCUCAACAGUCUGUUCGUCCACAGAAGCAGACUUCCACUAUUUCUCAGUCACCUCCACUCCUUAUGCCUCCUCAUCCUUCAACUUCAGGUUAUUUCCUCUUCCCCGGAGGAGCCAAUGGGGAAUUCACGGCUCUUCCUCUUGCCCCCAUUAACCCUCCUCCCAUGGUCCCUACUGGGGCCUCUUCUGGUGGUAUGCUUAAUGUGCCUUUAGUGCCUCCGUCUCAGAGACCUCAUGUGCCAACACCUACGGCUGCUACACAACCUGCAGCAGCAGGUGACGAAUCCUUGGGGGGGGAGGAGUGUGUCGAUAAGGCUGCCGCCAGUACUUCAAUACCUGAACCAAAGCCUCCUGCUAAGAAAAUCUCAUCUUCUGGCUUUUUCCCGGCUCACUAUGAUGCCAUUCAAGCCAGAAGGAUGAGGCGUUAUCGGACGGUCUCUACGGGCACUAAUUCAACCUCUGUUGAGGAGCCUCAUGUUGGUUUUCUCCUCACCCAAGGAAAUGGCCAUGAGAGACUUCGAACUACCUCGGAGUGCCCUGAACCGGGAACAAGCCACGGAGCGGUAAUUUCAUCAUCUGCCAAACAUCCAUUUGCUGAACACCCAAGUCAACAGCUCUUGGGGCAGCAUGGAUUUACUUUCCAUCGUUAUAACAAAUUCCGUGCCAACUGUCUACGUGACCGUGAAGCCCAUGGAAAGGGCAAUUCUCAGGAAAUGAAUACUCUGUAUCGAUUCUGGUCUUUCUUCCUUCGUUUGAACUUCAAUCGUACUAUGUACGGGGAAUUCAGACGUUUCUCAUUUGAGGAUGCCCAAAAUGGCUCUAGAUAUGGUAUUGAAUGUCUAUUUAGGCUGUACAGCUAUGGUCUCGAACUUCGUUUCCGUCAGGAGCUAUUUGAUGAUUUCCAGGAAGAAACUCUAAGGGAUUAUGAAUCCGGGCAUCUUUAUGGUUUGGAGAAAUUUUGGGCAUAUCUUCAUUACAGCAAUAAUUCGGUCGAAGUUAACCCGAAACUCAAGGAACUGCUUUCCAAGUAUAAAACUAUUGAAGACUUUAGGGUCAAUUUUCAACCACCCGAUGGCUUCUUUUUGAACCGUAAUCGUCGACGUACACAAUCGGAGACGAUAACUACUAGUAGUGGUCGUGUCAAUACACCUGAAAAGCUUACCCGCCAUCUUCCUGAAGUACCAUCUAGUGGUUCCUCCGAUAUUUCGAAUCAUUGCGAAACUGGCGCAACUACAAAGAAAUUCUCGAAGGUUGUUCAGAAGGUGUCUCCUCAAAGAGGAGAGACAGGGACUAUUCCCACUGCUUCGGCUAGUAAGAAAGUGCGAGGAACGCCGAAGUCGGGUGAGCAAUCGAAACCCUCGGCUAAAGAACCUGUCUCUACUCAAUCUACUGUCAAAUCUGCCUCAAAAAAGAAGUCUGGGAACAAAAAUGUUGCGUCUCAGCAGAAUAAGCCGUUAAAGGACCAGAAGUCAUAA